AUGUCCGAACAACUGCAUCAACAAUUGAAAUCUUUAUUAGUUGAAUGUAUUCAACAUCCAGACCAACUUGACAUGUAUAUGGGCAAAAUUAUCGAAUUCUUCAAAGUUAAUGGUGAACAACUUUUUGAAACGAAUACAUCAUCUUCCCGACGAAAUAGCAGUAUUUUCGAUGGGGAUAUUUCUUCAAUACUUUCAUCAACCAAUCAACGUCGUCUCUCGAAUACUUACAAUGAAGCAGAUAUGGCGAAUAAUAUCAACAGUGUGCUCUAUGACAAUGAUGGUAUUGAUUGA